AUGGCUAUUGAUAAUUUCACUCAGUACGUAGAAGCAGAGGCCCUCAGCUCCAUCACAGACAAACAAGUCUGCCAAUUCAUAUGGCGAAAUAUCAUCACAAGAUACGGCAUUCCUCGUGUGAUCAUAACUGACAGUGGGAGACAAUUUGUCAGUAAGAACACAAUACAAUACUGUGACAGAUCUGGCAUUCAAAUCCGAUUCAGCUUCGUAUCUCGGCCACAAACAAAUGGGCAAAUUGAAUCAGCAAACAAGGAGAUCCUGAUCGGUAUCAAAAAGAAAAUAGAGGGGGUUAAAGGUACUUGGGACGAAGAACUACCCGGCAUCCUAUGGGCAAGCCGAACAGCCGUCAAAGAAGCAACAGGGCAUACGCCAUUCUCCUUAGUAUACGGGUCCGAAGCCGUGCUUCCAGUAGAAAUAGGCAUACCCUCCACAAGGGUUACCUACUACUCACACGACGAAAAUGAAGAAAGGAAAAAGGAGAACUUGGAUCUGCUUCCAGAAACACGGGGGAAUGCAUUAUUAAAGUCCAUGGCUCAGAAACAAAAGAUGAUUCACAGCUUCAACCGACUCGUCAAAACUAAACACAUUCAUGUUAGGGACUUCGUCCUACGCAAAGUCGAAGCCACGGGGAAAAUCGUAGAUAAAGGGAAGCUUGGAGCCAACUGUGAUGGUCUGUUCAAAAUCGUCCGUGUCAUCAAACACGGAACAUUCGAGCUGGAAGAUAUUCAAGGAAAUAAGCUACCCCGCCCAUGGAAUGGAGAUCACUUGAAAAGGAGAAGCUCUGAAGAUAUCUUGUACUAUGAAAACUACAAGUUCAUGAAACCUAGUCAAUGGGUCUUUCUGGAUUCUCCCAUCUCUUUAAUUGGCCCAUAA